CGCUCGAUGUAUAUGAGCGCGAGCGGCGGGAUCUCUUUCCCUUUUACCGCCAUCCGCGCGGAGCCUUUUUCCCGGAGCCCGAGCGCUGCGCAAACCCGUCCGUAGGAGAGCAAUUCCCUGGAUUACAGCAAAAAUGGCAGACAUGGACAACAAAGAGCAAGCUGAGCUGGACCAGGCAGAUAUGGAAGAUGUGGAGGAAGUUGAAGAAGAAGAAGCUGGAGAAGAUGUUAACAGCAAAGCUCGUCAGCUAACGGUCCAGAUGAUGCAGAACCCACAGAUACUGGCAGCGCUGCAAGAGAGGCUGGACGGGCUGGUGGGGUCGCCGUCUGGCUACAUGGAAAGUUUACCUAAGGUAGUCAAGAGACGUGUCAAUGCCCUAAAGAACCUCCAAGUAAAAUGCGCCCAAAUUGAAGCCAAGUUCUAUGAAGAAGUGCAUGAAUUGGAAAGAAAGUAUGCAGCUCUUUAUCAGCCACUGUUUGACAAGCGAAGUGAUAUCGUCAAAGCAACCUAUGAGCCAACUGAUGAGGAGUGUGAAUGGAAGGCAGAUGAGGAGGAAGAACUGACAGUAAGUGGUCAGGAGGAGAUGAAAGAGAAGGCAAAAGUUGAGGAGGAGAAAAAAGAUGAAGAGAAAGAAGACCCUAAGGGGAUUCCAGAAUUCUGGCUGACUGUCUUUAAGAAUGUUGACUUGCUCAGCGACAUGCUGCAGGAGCAUGAUGAACCAAUUCUAAAGCACUUACAAGACAUCAAAGUAAAAUUUUCAGAUCCAGGGCAGCCAAUGAGCUUUACAUUAGAGUUCUAUUUCGAACCCAAUGACUUCUUCACAAAUGAAGUACUGACGAAAACAUACAAGAUGAGGUCGGAGCCAGACGAGUCAGACCCUUUCUCCUUUGAUGGGCCAGAAAUCAUGGGCUGCACAGGCUGUCCAAUCGACUGGAAAAAGGGAAAGAACGUCACGUUGAAAACUAUUAAGAAGAAGCAGAAGCACAAGGGGCGUGGCACAGUCAGGACAGUUACCAAAACGGUUCCCAACGAUUCUUUCUUCAACUUCUUUGCUCCUCCUGAAGUUCCAGAGAAUGGGGACCUGGAGGAGGAUGCUGAGGCAGUGCUUGCUGCGGACUUUGAGAUUGGGCAUUUCCUCCGCGAGCGCAUUGUACCGAGGGCCGUGUUGUACUUCACAGGCGAGGCAAUUGAAGAUGACGACGACGAUUAUGAUGAAGAGGGAGAGGAAGCAGAUGAUGAGGAAGGAGAAGAGGAAGCUGAUGAGGAAAAUGAUCCCGAUUAUGACCCCAAGAAGGAGGCAAAUCCACCAGCUGAGUGCAAGCAGCAGUGAAGCCUGCAUAUGUGGCCUUGAGGAUUAACUGCACUGUAACAGCUUAUUAAACAAAACAUAGUUACUUACAGCCUUAUAAUGUUUUGUAUUUUCUUGGUAGAAUAAAAAGGUUAAGAAGUUUUUGUUACAAAAUCAUGAAAGGCCAGUUCCAAGACUUGGCUUGUCCUGCAUAGUAUUUUACUAGAACUUUUCUCUGUACAAAUAGUUAGAAUGCAGUAAAUCCCUCUAAAACAGCAUGACAUUGUUUCUUCACUGUUAGUUUGGGUUCUUGUGGAGUCUUUUGUUGUAUUGCUCUUAGACAACAGCUGUGGAAAGACUGAAUUUUCAAAAUACUUUAGACCAGUGUUUGUUCCAACCUAUUCCUUUCCUGAAGAACCAACCAAAGUAAUCUUUCGGCCCAGUAGUCUCAAUGGGUUUGAGAAGUCUGUGCUUGCACUAGCUGUGCCUUCAUUAUUUUGUUAUAGAAAUGCAGUGCUGCAGUGACUUGUAAUUUUAAACAUUCAUUUCAUUAAAAAUAUCUGUGGCUGGCUGUGCAAAGGGGAAGAAACAGUGCACAAUCAAAGAAGAAAAACAGUUGAGAACUGUCUUCAGUCUAUACACUGUUGAUGCUUUUUUAUGUGAAAUGGUUAUCUAUGAACCUUUCUAGUACACCACAAAGGUUAUUGUGUACCACUUGGGUGUGAAUAAAAACAAAAGUAGUGUUUUCAGAAAUGGGUUGCGUAUUUAUGUCUAUUUUAUUGCAAUGUAUACAUUCCUGUUAAGUAACUUUGCAAAAGGGCAUUUUAAUUUCUAGGGAGUCGUAUAUUAAACUGCUCUGUUAUUUGCGUGACAUGAACCGAUGCACAUUUUAAAGCUCCAUUCAUAUGUGUACUUCAGAUAUUGCCUUCUGAAACUCAAAUAAGUUGUCGAAAGAUUACCUCAACUACAUAAGUACAGAAAUGUUGCAUUGAUAUGCAUGCCAGUUAUGACUUAGUCUUCAUUGGAAAUCGUAAGGGAAAUGGGUGAAGAUGCACUAAGCCCCUGUGGUUGUCAGUACAAUGAGCCCACUGCAGCAGUUAAAACUGGAGUGCUGAUGUACUGUACUGGUUAUGCUUUUGGGUGCCAUGGGUAGUCAGUAGUUGCAGUAUACUUAAUGCUGUUUCAUCCACCCCCAAUGCAGGUCCUAUAAUUUAAAAAAAAUCAAAACUAUUGUCCUUUUUGUAGCACUUUUAAAAAAAAAAAGUCAUGUUCUUACAACUUGGUGUAAUCUGAAUUUUUGUGUUUUGGGUUAUUUUUUUAUAACUAUAAUUGAAGAGCACUUACUGUUGGAAGGAAUUGACAUUAAUUUUGACGCAUUAUACCUGCUGUAAAAGCUUUUCCUAAGAAUUCUCCAUUUGGAUUGCAUCUCUUGCCUGGUUAUUCUAGUUGAAUUCUGAUUGCCUUAGACAAAAUACUCAAUUUAGUGGUGCAUAUUUCAGUGUUCAUGGAAGGAAUGGGUUUGGAUUUGUUUUGAGUCCUCCUAUAGGUUCUGUGCUUUUUUUAUUUUAUUUUACUGCUCCUGAAACUAGCAAAUAUCAUUCUGUUCUGUUGAAAUGGGGGUGCUGCUAUGGCUGUGGAUCUGCCACCAGAUUGUUACAGGCUGGCUUGCCUGAAUGUGGCCAUACUCCAUUUAAAUACCUACUUCUGUGAAUAGAGUACAUGUACUGGCUGUGGUCUAUUUAGAGGUGUUCACCAGGAACAAAGGAGCAGUUGAAGGCCCACAGGAAGAGGGCCUUACUUCUGCCCAGUCUUCAGAAUAACGCUUUCUGGUCCAGACGUCCAGGAAUAUCUUGGUUAACUGAAACCUACUCAAAGGAAUGUCUUUUUAGACACUGAAGAAUAACGUUGUAUACUGUGCACUUUUUCUGUCCACAUCCUGAACAAGGUGGGUUUGUAUAUUGCUUACCCACAGAUAGCUUGGAGAUUAAACCUUUGAAAUAUUACAAGUUCAGUGGGAGAUCAAUACCUAUCUGACUGUAAAAUAAACUAGUGGAUUCUGUCUGGAUCCUUUAUAUCAGCUGUUGUCAAAGCAAAAUGCUAUGCUACAAAAUACUAAUGUACUCAAUUGUACUUGUAUGUAUAUUCAUGAAUAAAUUGGUUAAACGUG